AUGGACGGUAAACAUUUUUUGACUGCUAUGGAAUGGGCUAAUAAAGAUAAGGCUAUGAGAGGUAUUCAUCUAACUCUUUGGUAUCUUUGCCUUCUUGCCUCAACUGCGACCCAAAUUGGCGCUUUAAUGGCAAACAUACAACCACUACAGCUGGACAGAGAUGCUGGCUUUUCUAAACUCCUGCUCAAAUCCAUUUAUAUGUUUCUGGAAAAAUAAAGAGAUUCUUCGAAGAGUUAAAGAUCUCCUAAAAAAAAUUGUUUCCUAAAACACAUUCUGUAGGCAAAUUUGUAUAAUAUUUUGUUCUUUCUUUCAUUUCGCCCAAUGUUUGGUUAAUAUCUUGACUACUGAUUUUAAGUGUCAUAGUAAUUUUCAAAACUGGCGGCAAACGUCAAUUUCAAGUUUUACACCUGCUUUUUUCAGAACUUCUUCAAUUAAUGCAAGCUUUUUCAUCAAAGCCUCAGGUUGUUAAAUUGCGCCUCAUGACAAGUACUAAUUCAGGUGAUGGAUCUUUGAGAGUACACUAUUUAUAAAAAGGCCGUUUCCCUUUAUAAUAAAAAACUAUCCCAAAUUUUAAGACUGGUAAGGUAAGCAGUCGCACUUUGUAAUGACACUUGUCAUGCAUUUUAUUACUAAAAGAAUAAAAAACACAAAACUCUCUCAAUAACGUAGCUUAGGCAAUCCAGAUAUACUCGAUUAGAUCUAAGCAUUGGUUACGCACACAUCGCAUGGUGAUAGGUCUUGCACAAGGAUACAUUCGCACUGUCUCCUUGGACCAUUAUUUUCAAAGAAGGUUAUUGUUGAGUAUUUAUUUGAAGGAGAUACUCACUCCUUAAUUGCUUUCUAUAUAUAUUGUCUUUAUUCAUCGAUCAGUUUUCUAAUAAGCUGGUACAUUGUUGCUCGAUAAAAGUAAUUUCAAAUCACUAAGUAAUCCUUGAUAUUAUUAGCAUUGGUAUAAGUACCCUUAUUAUGUUCUCAAUACACUAAGUUACCACUACAAUGCCUAGCUUGACUCUCGCAAUAAAGUUUGGCGAUUAAAUUGAAUCUAGUAUCUCCCUUAAGAAGUAGUGGGGAAGCAUUUGACUAUUUCGCCCACUAUUCGCUUCCUACAUUCUCUACGACAAAACAGAGCACUGCAGGGGCUUCUUUAUUUUAUAGUUGUAUGUUUCAAGUAAUAUAAUAUAUAUUUACAUAAUAUCAAAAACAGAGCGGGAGCAUGGAGUAUGAUUCGAUUGAGUUCGAUUGGUGCCCAAUAGGAACCCGGCACGUUAUCAUGAUGUGUCGGAAAAUGUUUAGAUUUAAAAUUCAAAUGUCAGGGGCUUCAACAGAAAGAACCACAUUUUACAAAUGAUAAAUUAGAAAACCUUUUUUUUUAGAACGUGACGAUUUUAAGUUGAGUGACAACACGUCUUUGCUUUUAUGGUGCUAAUAAUAAUGCAUAAACACGUUCUUCCCUUAACCAGUGAGAAGCAAUAAAAGUGAUGCAUCAUGACACAGGGAAAUAAAACAAAGUUUUCGGUUUACGGUCUGGCAGCAGUUAGUUGUCAUGGAUUUGAAUAUUUCCUCUCAGGAUUCUUCUUGUUUUCAUCUUCCUCAUCCGUUAUUCGAUUUAGCCUCUGAGCGAUUCAUUACAAAUUUAAUAACAGCCAUCAUCAACAUCGUUACCGCUCCAUUCUCUUUUAUUGCCAACAUGCUGAUCAUCAUCGCCAUUUUUGACUGUCCCCGUCUACAAACUCCUUCCAAUCUAUUGCUUGCGACUUUAGCAUUGUCAGAUGCAUUUGUCGGCCUAACAGUCCAACCAGGUUAUAUCACCUACCGGCUUAUGGAAAAUCAGCAUCGUUCAGUUCCUUGUUUUGCAAGACAUAUCUACAGUUCUGCAUUCUACGUAUGUUUUGGUGUUUCUUUCAUGACUCUAACCGCUGUGAGCUAUGAGCGCUUUGUGGCUGUUCGUCUACGUGUCAGGUACAACGCGAUGUUUUCUACGAGACGGGCUCUAAAAUAUGCUUUGGGGAUAUGGACGGUCAAUAUAUUCUUGACUGCUCUGGAAUGGGCUAAAAUAGAUAAAGCCAUGAGAGGUAUUCAUCUAACUCUUUGGUAUCUUUGCCUUCUCGUCUCAACUGUGACCCAAAUUGGCGUUUUUGUGGCCAUACGAAGACACAAUCGACGAGUUAGUAACCAACUUCAAGUGGAUGAAAAGCUACAGAGACAAAGAGAAGUGAAGCUGGCGAAAAAGAUAUUGACUGUGGUUGUAAUUUACUUUAUUUUGAACUUUCCCGUUCUAUUUGUGACAUUUUAUCAUCAGAUAUUAGGGCAAAACAUUCAAACAUACAACCACUACAGCUGGACAGAGACGCUGGCUUUUCUAAACUCCUGCUCAAAUCCAAUUAUAUGUUACUGGAAAAAGAGAGAGAUUUUUCGAAGAGUCAAAUAUCUCCUGAAGAAAUUAAUUUGCUAA